GUUAGGAGUUUCUCUGGCCUGACUCAUUAUAUGGAUGAGUUUUCUGAAUCUCACUUAACAGAGAAUGUGUUAAAUCGGAGUGAUUCUCUGUUAAAUCAGAGUGAUCUAAAUAGUGUGAACAAGUUUUCAAGAAUUAAAGAACCAUUUAACCCCUGCUCCAGUCUUAACCUUUCUAACUAAUUCACUUCCCCACCCAUGUUGCUUUCCUUCUAUGGUACAUUUGGAAAUAUAGGUGUAAUCUCAUUUUCAAGCAUGUUCCUUAUAUAUAAUCCUUCGAUUGUCGCUUCUCUUGCCUUCGCUGCUUCAAGGGAAUUCCUUCAGAUCCCUCCCAAGCUGCUUCCCCCGCGACACUCUUGCAUCGCUGAUCUGUCUACUAAGGAGACCCAUUGGUCUGCCCCUCAAUGUGGUUCUCUUAAAUUAAAUACGGAUGCCGCCUGGGAUGAAGAUUCUAACUCUUGUGGUUUGGCGGUGGUGAUUCAUGAUUCCUCUGGAGUCAUUGUGGGGGGCUCCUCCAGAUUUCUGCUCUGCAAAAUCCCCUUUCUACGGUGGACUGGACGGCUUCCCGAAUUGUUGCUCGUAUACAAGCUCUUGCCGGCCGCUUCCAUCGUGUUAACUGGCGUUGGGUAAGUAGAAAAGCCAAUGGUGCUGCUGAUCUGGUGGCUUCCAUGGCUUUACGUAGGGUGUGUCCUGUUGAUUGGUACUCCAAUCCUCCCCCCUCCCUCAUGCGUAUAUUGCUUUUCGAUGCUGCGGCCCCCCUCCUUAGCCGUGCCUAUGGAGUUUGGUUCUUGAUUUCUGUUUUCUUCGUUUGCUCUUUGGUCCUUUCUUCUAUUUUGUUUCCUCUGUAAUGUUUCUUCAAUGCCAAAAAAAAAAAAAAAUUAAAGAACCAUUACAAGAUAUUUCUCUA